AUGGCGCCUCCUGCUCGCGUUCCCUCUCAGCCUGAUCUCUCACCAACUCACAGCCUAUCAGGUUCCCCGACCCGUACUGCGCCUGACCCUGUCCGCCGCAACCUCUUUUCCGCGCAUCUCUCCCGCCGACCCGCCUCGUCACAGUCGACAACCUCUCGUCCCAGUUCACAAUCUCAAAACGCCACUCAGCCACCAUCUUUACCGUCACAGACCCGCAACAUCUCACCCUUCACCUCACCACCUCGCCUGUCCCCAACGCACCCACUCCCACCCUCCUUCAACGAAACUUACGACCCAGUCGUCUCACCCCACCGCUCACUAUCACCUCGUACAGUCGCUACGCUCUUCCCCUCCUCCUCUGUCGUCGCCCUAAACCCGUCCACCGGCCGCCCCAUCCUCCCCAACCUACCUACGCUCCCGGCGCGCCUGCGCCUUUCCGACUCUGACGACGAUGACGAAGAAGAGGAAGACGACGACGACGAAGAGCACGACGACACACGCGGUGACGCCCAGUACCACGAUCCUGUCUCCGGCGCUGAAGCGUACAUGCAGCAACGCGGCCCAUAUGGGCAGCGCCCACCCGGCUCAAAACAGCAACAACAACACACGUCCGCGAAUCCCUUGUAUCCUGACGACUCUCCCUCCGCCAGCGCGAGCGGCAGUGCGCAGCACGACGCGCUGGUGACGGACCUGAUGAGCCGCUAUCGCGCAAGACGACAGCAGCAAGGCCGCUCCAGCACGGUGGCGAAUAUGAGGCCGCUGCAGGCGCACAGCGCGGAGCGGGUGGUCGAGGAAAAUGAGGAGGCCGAGGAGGAGGAGGAGAGGGCGGAGCUCAUGGCGCACUUGAUGGGGAGGCUGCGACGGGAGGUGGUGCGGGUGGAGGAGGAGGGGUGGAUGUUUGGGGACGUGGAUGUGGGGGGUGCGGGAGAUGGGAUGGGCGUUGCUGGUGGAGGAUUGGUGAGCGGAGGGGGCGCCGGCACUGGGGUGGGUGUGGGAGUCAGCGAAGGCUAA